AUGAACGAUGAGAUCCACAGACCACAAAAGCUCAACUCAACCCCUUUUGCUUCAUCUGCUCAUUUCAAUCUCUUCCUCACUUUGAAUUCAAACCCCAAAGAGAUAUUGAAAGACACAAUCAUUCCAUUGUUUGCAAUGGCUGAAAUCAUUCUGGGUGCAGUCAUGGAUGUGUUGUUUCAGAAGUUAGCCUCAGGUGACUUGAUGAAGCUGGCUCGAUCUGAAGGUAUCCAUUCCCAGCUGGACAAGUGGAACAACACGUUGCUCCAGAUCCAAGCUCUACUUGUUGAUGCAGCCAACAAGCACAUARCAGAURGAGCURUUGAUUUCUGGCUGCGUAAUCUCCAGGAUUUGGCUUACCAAAUAGACGAUAUACUCGAUGAUUUGGCCACAGAAGCUAUCCGCCGCAAAUUGAAUAAAGAUUCUCAUGCCASCUCCAGCACCAACACAGGUAAGCUACGGAAGCUAAUCCCAGGUUGUUGUACUAAUUUCACCCCUCAUACCAUUGUUUAUGGUCAUAAGAUGAGCUCAAAGCUAGAUGAGAUUACGACCAAAUUGCACACUCUUUUUGAUCAGAAACAUAAUCUAGGCUUGGAUGUGAAUGUUAAAAGGCCAAACAGAAGAAAUAGGAGGUUGGAGGAAACUUCACUUGUUGAUGAGUCCAAAGUUAUGGGUAGGGAAGGGGAUAAAGAGGCAUUGCUUCACAGGUUGUUGGGGAACGAAGCAUGUAAUCAAAAUGUUAGCAUCUUGUCUGUAGUUGGUCUCGGUGGGAUUGGCAAAACCACACUUGCCAAGCUUGUGUACAAUGAAAAGAAGGUUCAGGAUCACUUUGAGCUCCGGGCAUGGGUUUGUGUUUCUGAAGAGUUUGAUGUAUUUAAUAUCAGCAAGGCUAUUUUUCAAGCUGUAGCCGGGACGAAUCAAGAAUUUGCUAAYCUAGAUCUGCUUCAUGUGGCUCUUAAAGAAAGACUUUCCAACAAAAGGUUCCUAGUUGUUCUAGACGACGUCUGGAACGAAGACUAUAGAGAGUGGGAACUCCUCCAAAGCCCUUUUGUUGUAGGGGCACCUGGAAGUAAAGUUAUUGUGACGACCCGGAAGACGAAGGUUGCAUCGGUCAUGAACUCUUUUCAGCCUUAUGAUCUCAAGGUUUUGUCAGAAGAAGAGGCGAUGUCUUUAUUUGCUCAAUAUGCAAUAGACGAACAAAACUUUGACAAGCAUCCAACACUUAAAUUGCAUGGUGAAGGCAUUGUGAAGAAAUGUGGCAGAUUGCCAUUGGCUUUGAUAACGCUUGGAAGGAUGUUGAGGACAAAAAUAGAGGAUGAUGAAUGGGAGGAGGUGUUGAACAGUGAGAUAUGGAAUUUGGACGAUGGAAGAGAGAUUCUUCCGGCUCUGAGAUUAAGCUACUAUGACCUCCCUUCACAUUUGAAGCAAUUGUUUGCAUAUUGCUCCUUAUUUCCCAAGGACUACGUGUUUGACAAGAACGAGCUCGUCUUAUUGUGGAUGGCAGAAGGGUUCUUGAACCAAUCAAAUGGAAGGAAAUCGAAGGAGAGUUUGGGUCGUGAGUAUUUUGAAGAGCUAAAGUCAAGGUCCUUUUUUCAGACGUCAACUAUUGAGCAAUCGGAAUACAUAAUGCAUGACUUGAUUAAUGACUUGGCCACGAGUGUUGCUGGAGAGUUUUUCUUUAGGUUGGAUGAUAAAAUGGACUCGUAUGACGUGAAUGAAUCUUUCGAAAAGUUCCGUCAUGUUUCACUUAUAGGUCCAGAAUAUGGAACAUAUAGAAAGUUCAAGGAAUUACAAAGAGCUAGAGGCUUGCGAACGUUCUUACCUGUUUCUUAUUCCUGGUCAUGUUUCAACUUCCCGAACAAGGUUCUUGCCGAAUUACUUCCCCAACUACAGUUCUUAAAGGUGCUAAGCCUAAGUGAUCAUUGGAUCACUGAGAUACCACAUUCCAUUGGUAGUCUCAAGCAUAUUCGAUACCUCAAUUUUUCCAAAACUUUCAUCGAACGGUUACCGGAACAAGUCAGUGACCUCUAUAAUCUACAAAGCUUGUUGGUUCGUGGUUGUGCGCAGUUAUCUAACUUGCCCAUCAGUUUUGUUAAGUUGAUAAACCUACGACAUCUUGACAUCAGCGAUACUCCAAUGUUGAACAAGAUGCCCUUGGGUAUCGGUGGGUUGACAGGUCUACAAACUCUAACUAAGGUCAUUAUUGAAGGAGGUAAUGGGUUUAAAAUUUCGGAGCUUAAGGGUCUGUCGGAUCUUGAAGGUCGGCUUUCCAUUAAGGGGCUUGAUAAAGUGACAAGUCCAAUCCAAGCAAAUGAUGCCAAGUUGCAAGAAAAGAAGGGUCUUGAUGAUUUGGUGAUGGAAUGGAGUGAUGACUUUGAUAAUUCUCGGAAUCAUACAAGUGAAUAUGAAGUACUUGAAGGGCUAAGGCCUCAUUAUAAGUUGAGACAGCUUGAGAUUUUGUUCUAUGGGGGAAUGAAAUUUCCUAGUUGGGUCGGGAAUCCCUCGUUUGAUCGGUUAACAGAACUUACAUUACGUGGUUGUAGAAGGUGUACAUGUUUACCAGCACUUGGACAUCUACAGUCGCUUAAGGAGUUGUUUGUGGACGGCAUGGAUGGGGUAAAGACUUUGGGUUUGGAACUGUUUGAACCUACUGAUUCUUUCGAUGGUAUUGUAUUUCCAUCACUUGAAACUUUGAAAUUUAAUGAUAUGAAAGGUUGGGAGAGGUGGUCAACUAGACGUGGGGACAAUGAUGGAAUUGCUAGAUCAUUUCCUCGUCUUGUUAAUGUUUCUAUAAGAGAUUGUCCAAAACUAGUCGAAAUCUCAAUUGAUUUAAUACCGUCACUUGGGGAUUUACAUAUAGAAGGAUGUUCAAAAGAUGUAUUUAAAAGCAUGGUUGGUGUGUCUUCAUCAAUUCGUGUGUUGAAAAUACAGAAUAUUGAAGGACUUGCUCAACUAAAUGGAGAGCUUCUUGGAGCAGUUGAAGAUCUAAGCAUCAGUAAAUGUGAUGAAUUGAGAUAUUUGUGUCAAUCAGAGGCGGAGGCAUGCAAGUUUCUUGUGAGUUUAAGGAAGUUGGAAAUAAGUCUUUGUAAAAGGUUGGUAUCAUUGCCCGCGCUCCCAUCCUCUCUAGAGGCUCUUUCGGUUCUUCAUUGUGAUAACUUAGAAUCCAUUUCAGAUAAAGGUUUUGGAAUUAUUCCCCUGGAACAUCUUCGUAUUGUUAAUUGUAAGAAUCUGAAGUUAUUUCCUCAUGAGCAUUUGGGAAGUCUCACAUCUUUGGAGGAGCUGCAGAUAUCUCAUUGUCCAAGUAUGGAUUACUCAUUUCCUUGUGGGUUGUGGCCUCCUAAUUUGAGACGCCUAAUGAUAGGAUCCUUAAAUAAGCCUAUGUCAAAAUGGGGGAUUCAAAAAUACCCAACAUCACUUGUUCAUCUCACCUUAUUCGGAAAAAAUUCAGGAGCAGUUUCAUUUGUUGCAAAUGCAAAAGAUGUGACUUCAACAUCGUUUCUUCUUCCACCAUCUCUAAUGACUCUACGGAUCUUUGAUUUUAUGGAGCUGGAAUUAGUUUCGGAGGCCUUACAACACCUCCCCUGCCUUGAGAUCCUUGAUAUCUACUCAUGCCCGAAAGUUGAAGAUCUACGGGAGACAAAUACUACGGGUCCACCCUCUUUGAGAAUUAUUGUGCAUCAGUAG